GGCGCGUCGCGAGCUGGAAGAGACCAACUCCUCUCUGAAGUGAAUGGCAGCCGCACAUAAUCAACCCCUUGAUCUCGGAAAGGACAAUAGAUAGUUUGCGAUGCGUCUAGCGUUUGAGGAGUACAUCAAUUGAAACGGAAUAACUGUUAGAUUAUUCAGGGAUUGUUGCCCCAGGAGAAAUCUCAGCCGCGAUGUCCCUUCUGUGCGUCAGAGUAAAGAAAGCCAAGCUGCAUGGCCCUCCAGAUAAGUUCAACGCCUACGUGACCCUGAAGGUGCAGAACGUGAAGAGCACCACAGUGACGGUGCGAGGGAACCAGCCGUGCUGGGAGCAGGACUUCAUGUUUGAGAUCGGUCACCUGGAGUCGGGCCUGGUGGUGGAGCUGUGGAACAAAGGUCUCAUCUGGGACACCAUGAUAGGAACCUCCUGGAUUCCCCUGGACACCAUCCGACAGUCAGAUCAGGAGGGUCCGGGAGAGUGGAUAUCUCUGGAUGCUGAGAUCCUGAUGAAGGAAGAUGAGGUCUACGGCACCAUGAACCCAACACCUCACCAUGUCUUGCUGGACACACGUUACGAGCUGCCAUUUGAUAUCCCGGACGACGAGGCCAAGUACUGGACCAGUAAACUGGAUCGACUCAACGCCAUGAGGAUACAUGAUGAGUAUCCAUUGCAGGACGAGGUUCAACGAAGACGUUUGGCGUCUCAGCCUGCUCAGUGCUGCAACUGGACUUAUUUUGGAUGGAGUGAACAGCAGGGUGAACAUCAAACUUACGAUGGCCACGACAGUGCCGUGGAGGACCGCGACAGUGACUACCGGAGUGAGGGGGGCAGCCACCGACCGCCCCGGUACCACACCACGCCUCAGCCCAACUCCUCUGUGCAUCAGUAUCCCAUAGGACAGAGACGGAACCAGCACUCCGCCCUGUCUAGAGACACUGACUCUGUAAACAGCUAUGAGCUGGAGUACAAAGAACCCAGGGCGCCCAGACGAUCCAAAAGUCAUGGUAGGAUCAGAAUAAUCCCAGUGGACUCAGGUAUGGGCGUUGAGGACUGGGAGAGACAAUACAAGAUACCAGAAAGUGGAGUGCUGGAUGACUACCUAGAGCCAGAACAGAAGGAGUGGGAGGAUGAGGAUAAGAGCAUUAUUUAUUGUAUCAGCAGUGGGCCUUGUGGAGAAGCAAAAGGCUCAAGGUUCUACCAGACGGUGGAGUGUGACACCAUGUCUCCUGAGGGGAUUGAGGGGGAAGACCGUGUAGGCAGGUGGAAGAAGCAUAGUUUUGGCAGCAGGGAGGUGCGUCUGGUCUAUAAGGAAGCCGGCAGCUUUGAGGACGAGACUUCUCCUCCUGAGAUUGACAUCAUUCCUUCUGUCAAGCAGCUUCGGCAGCAGCUGAGCAUUGAGGAAGGGCUCCUUUAUAGGACCAGAAUGUGGGCCAAAACCUCUUUGGAGGACACACUGGAGCACUACGCAGCCUUCCGGGAGCAGGAGGCUGCCAGGGAGGAGGCGGCCAGGUUCAGGGUCAGAAGUGAGUAUGAUUCAGUUGGGUCUGAUGAGAUGCAGUUCUCCCUCGGAUCCGAGGGGGAGCUGGAUGACCUGACAUUUUUGGAUGGGGAUGUCACAUAUGAAUACGAAAGUUACUACUACCCAGAAGGAUACAUUUCAUCAUAUGGACAACAAGGGCGGGGCUACUGUUUGGGACGUGGAACAGAGGAACCUGAAGAGGAGGUAUACUAUGACACAGUGGAAGAACUUCAGAACCUGGUCCACUCUGUGUCUGAGUAUCUGGCUGAGAAGGAGGAGGAGAUCAGCAAGUAUGGAUCACUGCCUAAGUCGACUAGCAGGAGGAAGCUACCAGCAUUGCCCACCGGAGCAAAACCACCAGAAAAUGACGAUGCUAAACUAGAGUCAACUAAGACCGAAGUUGCUAACAGUGAAGAUCCAAAGGGAGCCGAAGUUAAAGAGGACACUGCAGUAGAGCAGGGUAUUGCUGGGGUGAAGAAUGCAAUGAGUUCAAUGACUUCAUUGUUUAACUCCAUCACGGGUUCCAAGCCAGCUGCUGAAGCAACUGAAGCAGCCGCUGCAGCAGCUGAAGCUCCAAACACCUCCUCAGCUCCGCCACAGGCAGAGUCUGGCAUAUCCAAAUUACUGUCUUUCAUUCCCAAGUCCGCUGGUUCAAUGCCCCAAAUUGCCGUUGUUCCACCCUCAUCUCAGGAGCCAAAAAUGGAGCCAACACCUACUUCUUUUGUUGACUCAAUGCUAGGAAGACUUAGUCCUUCAAGGCCGCAAGACGCACAGGCAGAAGGCAGUGAGGGGCAAACUCAAGAAAGCACUGCCAACCAAAAUAAUUCAAUAUUUGGCUCAAUGCUGGGAAGGCUUAGCCCACUGAGUGCAUCAACGCUCCAAGAGACACAAGGCACUGAUGGGCAAACUCUUGAAGCCACUGCUAACCAACCUACUUCAAUGUUAGAUUCAGUGUUCGGAAGACUUAGCCCUUCUAGGCCCGAAGAGGCACAAGAAGGCAGUGAGGGCCAAAGUCAGGAUGCUACUUCUAACCAGCCUAUUUCGAUGCUUGGCUCAAUGCUAGGGAGGCUAAGUCCUUCGAGGCCACAGGAGUCACAAGUAGAAACUAGUGAGGGCCAAACUCAGGAUGGCACUGCUCAUCAGUCUACUUCAGUUUUUGGCUCAAUGCUAGGAAGGCUUAGCCCUUUGAGGCCUCAAGAGGCACAAGUAGAACGCAUUGAGGGCCAAAGUCAGGAUGCUACCACCAACCAGCCUACUUCGAUGCUUGGCUCAAUGCUAGGAAGGCUUAGUCCAUUGAGCACAUCAACAGCCCAAGAAGGCACUGAAGGACAAACUUCAGAGGCCACCGCUAAUCAGACUCCGUCAAUGGUUGAUUCCAUGUUAGGAAAACUUAACCCCAUGAGUCUUUUCUCCAGAAAGCCUUCUCCUGAAGAAACAUCCCACACAGAGGAGCAGAAUACUGGAUGUGCAUUAAUCAGUGGGCCCAGACAAGAAUAUGUGGAUAGAUCCAAUAGUCCUGAGAAGCCAGGCUCACAAAGAUCAGGUAGUGGAUCCACAGAGCUUCUACCAGACACAGCUACCGGCUCUGUGGAGAUUUACCCAGAAUCAGGAAGUGGGGGAUCUGUCGAGCUUCUCCCAGAUUCACAGUGUGGAUCAGUAGAGAUUGUUUCAGAAACAGAGUCAUCUGGAGAGAUUCUUGAUGUUCAGGCAAGAAAGGCACCCAUUAUCGUUGAGCCAAAAUCUGAUGGUACAGUGCCUGCAAGCCAGGCAGCUGCAGAGAACACAGGAUUCUUCAGCAGUUUUAAUAAAUCAAUCACCUCCCUUAUUACAGCACCUGAUGGGCCACCUGCCCAGACUGAGAAGGAAAUGCCUCCUGCCCCUUCUGGAAUGUUCUCGAUGUUCUCCAGAUCUCCAUCUCCAGAGCCACCCAAAAUAGAAGGGGGAAUGCUUUCUGGCUUACUUAAGUUUGCCUCGGGGGAGGAUGCCAAUGCACCUAGAGGGGUCCCACCCAGCCCAGUUAGGACCACUUCUCCUUCUCUAAGCCGUGCUGCACUCCUUGAAACUGUGCCUAAAGGGAACCCAGACACAGGGUGGUUCUCUAACCUCUUCAAAGCGGUCCCUGAGCCAGCUCAGCAAGCUGUUACAAAGCAACCUGCUCCGGUACCUGGCACUCCUACUGUGACACCUGCUACUCCAGUGACCCCAGAAAAACAAGAGAUCCCCGUUCCUGGUGCAGAUCUGACAGUACCACCUAGAGAUCAACCACCAGGGGAUGCUACAUUAAUUCCUGAAUCUGAUCCAACAGCUAACAUCCAGAACCAGGGUCUGCUGGAGCCUCAACAGAAAAUGCAGGUGGAGCCUGAAGUGCAGUCCCAGCCACAUGGCUUGCUCUCUGGAUUAUCAGUGCUGUUUUCUUCAGGUUCACCUCCAGCAAACCAAUCACAGUGUCAGAAACAACAAACGGCUGCAGCUACACAACAGGGAGGUGUGUUUUCUGGCUUUAUCAAGUUUGCCUCUGACAGUGUGUCUACAGUACAGCCACAGUCAGUCCCUCCAGGCAGUCAAGCUAGUCAAACUCCAUUGGAUACACGCCAAAGCCCUCCACCAAAGUCUGCAACUCCUCCACCACCAACCCAACCAGGAGGACUUUUUUCAGGCUUCAUGAAAUUGGCAACAAACACUGUGGCUGGUCCUCAGACAACACCAGGGUAUCAAACUGGUCAGACUGAUCAGCAACAGGCCCACAGACAAGGACUCGAACAAGCAGCUACACAAGGGACUGCACUUCCAAGUCAAUCAGGGGGCUUUUUGUCAGGACUAUUGAAAUUAGGCUCUUCAGAGAACAUUUCAUCAGCAGGUCAAUCUCAACCUGGUCUGCAACAACUCAGUGACCCUGAUCAGCAACCACCACAGCAACCAGCUUCUCCACUGACUGAAAAACCAGCUCAGCAAGCUGGUCCACCAUCAACUACUCAGCAAACUGGUGGAACGCUGAGUGGGUUCUUCAAUAAGUUAGUAGAGUCUGUAGAACCUUCAGUUCCUCAACAAACCACAGCUCAACCAGCGGCAGUCCUCCAAGCACCCAACCAAACACAACCAGCACCCAAACAACCACCUGCCCAUCAAGGUGGGUUCCUAUCUGGACUUUUUGGCAUGGCUGACGGUUCAGCGAGUCAAACACAUCUGCCACAGCAACAACCUGGCCCUUCUGGGAGUCAGACAACCCAGCAGCAGGUUAACCAGCAAAAUCCACAGAGAAAGGGUCUAAUUCCUACCCAGAAGCAGCAACAGCAGCAGCAGCCCUCUAGUGGUCCUGGGGGACUGAUGUCAGGAUUCUUCAAUAAGCUUGUAGAUCCGGGUUCCCCUCAGCCACCACCUACUGGUCAACUUGCAGGCCAGCAAACACCUCAGACAGGUCAGGAUGCAACCCCUCAGCAACCACCUGUCCAACAAGGUGGCUUCUUGUCUGGACUAUUUUCCUCUGUUCCACCAUCACAACCACAACAACAGGUGGAGGCAAAACAGCUACAACAACAGCAGAGUAACAAACAGCCCUUGCAAAAGCAAAAUCCAAACCCACCUCAGCCUGCUGUGGCUGCACCUGAGCAGGGAGGAUUCAUGUCAGGGCUAACAGGACUUUUCAGUGCAUCUCAACCUUCUCCGCCACAACCAGCUAACCAGCAGGGGAAUCGUCCAAAUGUCCAGGGGCAAGGUAAAUCUCCAGAGCAACAGCCCCCACAACAAAAACCAGCAGCUGUGCAAGGUAGUUUUCUCUCUGGACUGUUCGGGAUGGGCUCUCCUGAACCGGGAACCUCAAACCAGCCAACCCCUCCAUUGCAACAGCAUCAAGCUUCUCGAACUCAUCAACAGGGGGUCGCUCAGCAAGCUAGUCAAGCUGGUCAGCUGUCAGACAAGUCUGUUCAGAAUACACCUCAGGCUGAAUCAGGUGGAGUGUUAUCUGGGCUAUUUAACAAGCUCACUACCACCACCACUGAAGAGCAGACACCCAUCCAUCAAUCUGCACUGCAAAAACAGCAGACACAUCCUGGUGGUCCAGCUAAGCCGGGACAAGGGCGCCCGCAGAUUCAGAGAACCAAGCAGGUGGAGGCCCAAUCCUCACAGGAGGCUGCGGGAGAAAAAGAAGCAAAAGGAUCACAGAAAGGAUUUCUGUCUGGACUCUUUGGUGUAAAAGCGGAGGCACCAGCAGGUGCACAGGAGACACCAAUCUCCCUGCCUAGCAAUGAUGAAGGGAAGAACAGUAGGAAUGGUAACUCACCAGGUAUUUUAUCCAGCAUUUUCAAGUCAGUGUCCAAUGAAGGUAGCAGCACUCCACCUGCUGGGAAGGAACCAGAAAGGGGUUUAGUUGAUUGUUUACUUCCAAAAGAAAACAAUGAUGACAUUCCCAGUAGUGCUGCUCCAACCAUCCCAAGAACUUUGGACACUUCUGGUUUUCUGGUGCCUCAGUAUGCUCCUAAAGGACAGGAUCCUCCCAUUUCUCCGACACAACGUUACAUGGAGGAAGUCCACCGUUUGUUGUAUGGUACAGCAGAAGAGUAUGGAUACCAGGACCUGCUGUUCAACUUUGCAGAGUAUGGUGUCAUUCCUCCUGAGCUCUAUGAGCAUCAGUGUCUCAUAGAGGCACUUCUUUGGCAACAGCUUAAUGAUUAUGCCCUGAGUGAAGCCCUUGCUCAAGUUCAGGAGUCUCACCAGACUGGACAAGACUACAUACAGCCAGCCAAUGGACUUCCAUCAUGGCAUGACCAUGGGGUUUGGAACCCCAAAGACAUUCCCACCAGUCUAUUCCACAUACCUUCUCAUCCUUGGAGAGACACGACAACCCAACCAUUCAGAAAUGGAUUCCAUAAACCUGAAGAGGAGGAUCUGGUGCUGUUUGACAUGACUUGCAGGAACAUGAAACCUUGGAAUAGCUGUGACUAUUUGAACGUGAGCAAUGAGAUAAGCAAUCUCGACGGGAUGGUCAGCGGAAAACCCUGGAUUGUAUCAGGGAGUGCGGUCAAUCUGUCUAAAGAAAAGAAACAAACAAAGUUGAGCCGGUGCCAAUCUCUUACUGAAGGGAUCCAUGGAAGCAUCCAUGAAUUUAGACAAACAUUUGAUCAAAAUGAUCUCUCUCAAACAAACAAAGCACUGGAUCAGAAUUUGGGUUUUGAUUUUUCCAAACGGAUAGAUCAGAAAUUUGCUACAGAUUUCUUUCAAAAGAUUGCAGCUGAAAAAGGACCAAAGGACUUGACUCUUGGUGCUAUGGAUUUGAGCAGUUCAGCUGGGAUUAAUGGAGAUGUCGAUGAUGAUAUACAUGUUGAUGAGUCUGAGUGGUACCAGCAGUGGCUCACCUUAUUGGAACAAGGUAUGUGGUGGCCUGCUGAGGCAGGGGAUUGUGGGUACUAUAUUUAUACUGACAAAGAGUUUAUCUACUCUCUCCUGACUGACAGAGCUGGAAAGCACCUCUAUGCAUGUGCCGCCCCAGAGGAUGUACAAACGCUGGGACAAAUCACCGAAAACAUUGCUAAUCUCAUAAAGCAAAAAGAAAGAGAAAAAGUCACUCUCUGUGGCUUCAAGAUUCCUCUUUACAAUGAAGAUGAGGCCUUCUGGUCUCUGGGUCAGACACAAAUAGAAUCUCAGCUGAUUAAUGCCCCUGAGGACCUCACCUCAGCCUUCAAGAAGGGAGACAAAAUCAUGAAUAUGAACCUGGAAUCCUUCUCUCAGAUGUUCCAGGAGUCCGUAGUGGCUCAGUCAGAGCAACCAGUUGACUUUUCUGUGUUUAAGCUUAGAAAGGUAAAAAUAGAAGCAAAUCAGACUGACUUUUCUCAUCAAGAUGAGCCACUAGAGGCUGCUGAUCUCACCAGUAAAACACGAACAGGCAGCCAUGGAGGUCCCUAUUGGAAGAAAGAGGGCAUACAUGAUUCUCCUGCCUUUGUAUCAAAUAACGUAUCUGCUAUGUGUCCUAGAAUGUACGGGCGACCUAAUCUCCCACAUUAUCCAAUUCCUGAAAUUAGAAUUGCACCUGCUGAUGAAAUGCCGGUUGACCAGUUAAAACAAAAAACGCCAUCAGUUUUUUCAGCUAUUGGAGGGUUUCUUAGUGGGGCUCCAUCUGCUUCAUCUGAUUUAAACAAAACAACAGCCCCUCCAGUCCCACAUGUUGGCAAUGUACUGUCAACAAUGUCUAGUCAGAAUCCUGUGGCUGCUACAGCAACUUCUAGAAAAUUGCCUGAAACCCCAGCUGCUCCUAGAUCACAAACAGGACCUGCUCCAUCUGGCAGAAAGCUUCCUCCAACACCGGGAGCUGCAAAAACAACUGCAGAGCCUGCUGUUCAGGACUCCCUGUCCAUUGACCAACAAGCAAAAAGCAUGCUCUCUCAUGGCUUUGAGAGUUUGAAAUCAAAGAUUAUGGAUGCUCCAAGUAGUGUCGCUCAGCCCACAGAGUUGCAACAGACAAAGCCAGCCACCCUGGCUACUGGCCGGCUACUACCUUCGCCCCCAACUGCAGCUGCAAGUGCCGUUGCGGUGUCGUCACUACAGAGAGAGGGGCUUGUCAGACAAUCUUCCCAAGCACAGCAGCCAAACACCCAAGUGCAGCACAGAAACAGUACUACAUCUGCUGUAGGAAUUAAUGAAUCAAGACCUAGUGGAUUUAAAAAAACAGCGUCUUUGAAUACCAUGAAUAGUAAUCUGAUAAUAGACCAAAGAUCUGCCUUAACAGUCGUACAAGAAACAGUAACACCUCCUCAGCCACUGGUGCCUAAAUUUAUGUUAGCUGAUGGGAAUUUACAGCAGCCAAAGAACCCAGUGUUAUACAAUACCUCCCUUUAUCGCAUGAACGAUCUUGUCGGCUUAUCCACAGACCCUCAACUAAGCAACAGACCAAUGGAUUUUUCCGCUACAGCUCCACUACCACAAGCUAAAAUAGAAAAAUCUGCUGAAACUCCUAAAGAGAUUGUUGACUUCACAAAGUAUAAAUUAAAGAGAGUUAAAGAAAAGCAACUGCAGAAAGCAAAUAGAGUCAACCUGGAACCAUCUGCAGUUGAAGACUUGACAAAGGAUGUUGAAUUAGAGAAAAUUGAAUGGACACAACAAAAUGAGCUCAACUCCCAGUACAUUCCAAGAAUUGGUAUUAGUCCCCAGCCCUCUCACAGACAUAGUGUACAUACCCAUUUACCAGUAGCAAGAACACCUAGCCCAGAAAUCAUUGAGUAUAAUGCUACCUCUGUAACUGUCCAGAGACCUAGACCUUCCUUUGUACCCAGCCAGAGACUACAGCCUUCUAUGAUACCCAUUCAGAGACCACAACUUGAACAAAGAACCUCCCUAUCUGUUCAGAACUCAGUACCAGCUAACUGUACCAAAGGUACCAUGAACAUGUCCCCAAAAACAUCUGAGCAAUUGACAAAGAUGCCAUUAACCGAGGUUGCUCCAUUAAUGGAAAUGUCUAAUCGGGGACAGCAACCACCUUUGUUGUGUUCUCCAACUGUUGAUCAGGAGCACCUUCUGCAAAGUCCAGCUGUGACUCUUUCUUCAAUCCCUGUUAUUAGGAAGAGAAUUGACAUCAGGAAAGGCAGCAUUGGCCAGAUAUUGUCUCCUUCAACACAGUCCAUUGAAUCCAUGUACAAACCUGACCGAGCUAGUCAGGCCACAUCACCUGCAAACGCAGCCAAAGCCACAUUGGACAUGUCGAAAAAAUCUCCUCAGCAAUGUGGUACUUCAGCUGAGGUUCAAUCUGAGAAUGUUGACACGGAGGCAAUCUCUAUGUUGAAGACAAGGCCUUCAGCUGUGGCUCCUUUACCGGAAAUGUCUAAUCGUCAUGGAUCUGUUGACCUGUCUUUGAAAGUUGAAUGCCUAGAAAGUGGAAAUGUAUUUCCUGCCCCAAGUCCAAUACUGGGGCAACAGAUUACUAACAGGAGGGUCGUUAUUGCUCAGGUACCAUGCCCGUCAAACCAGUCAAUUGGAUAUACAUUGACACCGGGUCAAACUCAUCAAGCAACAGCGCCAGCCAAUGCUAUCAAGGCAACACUGGAUAUGUCCCCCAAACCGUCUCCUCAGUCAUCUGAUAACAAAGCUGACAUGGCAUCACAGAAUCUCCGCACUGAGCCACUAUCAUUACUGAAUGGAAGACCCGCUAUUGUUCACCCAUUAAAGGAAAUGUAUAAUAAACAUGGAUCUAUUGAUCUGUCCUUAAAAGUUGAAUCCCUAGGAAGUCCCACUGUAGCUCUUUCUCAGAGCCCUGUUGACAAAAGGGUGAUCUUUGCACACGAGCCAUCUCCUUCAAACCAAUCCUUUGGAUACACGCAAACAACUGGGCAGGCAUAUCAGGAAGUCACAGCACCAGCUAAUGCAAUGAAAACCACUUUGGAUAUGUCUCCCAAAUCUAACCCUGAACCAUCAGUGGACUUAGCCCAGAGCCAAUCAGAAUGUCUUGGCACUGAGGUAAUAUCAUUAUUGAAUAGAAGACCCUCAACUGAGUGUUCUUUACAGGAUAUCUCUAAUCACCAAAGAUCUGUUGAUCUUUCCUUUAAGGUUAAGUUCUUGGACAUUCAAGGACAGCAACCAUUGCCCUUGCACCAAACUGAACCUCAGACUCCCCAGAACAUGUCUGGUCUCCUUCCUAGGAAAUGUUUGUUGUCAAAUCAACCCCUCACUGUUGACAUUUAUCAGGCACCUUCAGCCCCAGCAAACUCCUUAAAAGCAACAUUGGAUAUGUCUCCUAGGCCUCUGGUGUCAUUAGAGGGACAGUCCGAGGACACUGAACCUAACAAGAAUGUAGUAUUGUCACUAGUGAAGUCAAAGCCUACAGCUAGAGACAUUGCCAGGAAACACUCUGCUGGUGUUCCGUUAAUAGUGGACCAGCCACAAGCCAUACGGCAAGUGCAAAUACGGCAAGGUAACUCUGUAGCCCCUGGUCCUGUUCAUCACCAGCCAACUGCUGUCUCUGCUUCAGAACUUGCCAUUGAACCUUGCCUGUCAAAUCGGUCAUUGACAGAAUUGCUGCCCUCUGUUCAUCUUCAUUGCCAGGCUGUCUCAGCUCCAGCCAACUCCAUAAAAUCUACAUUAGAUAUGUCACCAAAGUCAGCUCAGAAAACAGUUGUGGGAAAAGCAGAUGAAUUGGCAGAUUAUUACUGUUCUGAUCCAAUGUCACUAGUGAAGGAAAAGUCAAUGGCCACUGAAAGAGCUCAGGAAGACUUUGUUGGUGUUUCUUUGAUUGUACAACCACCUAGUCCUUUGGAGAAACCUACAGUUCCAAGGCUACCAACUCCUCAGUCUAUUGGGCCAGUGCUGCCCCAUGUUGAAGCCUGCCAGACAGCUUCAGCACCAGCAAACACCAUUAAAUUCUCCUUGGAUAUGUCUCAAAAGUCUCCUCAGCAACCAGAUGAAGUCAGCUCUGAGCUUUCAUGGACUGGAGUAAUGCCACUGGUUAAAAGCAGGCAUUAUUUCUCCAGGAUGGAAUCUGUUGGUGUUCCCUUGAUAGUGGAACCACCUUCUAAGGAACAUCAACCUCAACCAAAUCUAUUGGCACAUGCACAUCCUAUCGUAAAAGGAGGAACCCAGGAACAGGAAAGACCAGGCAUGAAUGGUGUCCACACCACAGAACCUCUUCAUCAGCAGAUCCCCACAUACCACAGGAAUGGGGUUCUCACACUUUCAAGGAAGCCUGACACGGACGUUCAACCCUGCAGUGCACCUAUGGACUUUUCAGCAAAGAAAGAUCUACCCCAAAGUGUGGCCACACAUUACACUGCAUUGGAGGAUGGGCAUCCUAUGAAUUUUGCUGGGGUGAAGAAAGAAAGGUUUGAGAGAAGGUCUUUUGGAAAUAAGUCACUUCACGGGGCUGUUGACCUUAGUGUGGAUGUUGAAGAUGAGAGAUCUAUAAUAAGAACAGAUGAACGAAUAAAGGAUCUUUCCUCUAGAAGGAAUUCUAAGGUCUCAACAUAUCAUCAUGAUCAUAUCCUGCAACAAAACUCAACUCUAGCCUCUAAUGAUGUCAGAUCAGAUGACUUGAUUUCUCCCACUCGUCAUAGUCCUUCACUUGAGAGAAAAGUUGAGACUCCACAGCCCUUAAUUCCUCCUAGCAGAAAGGUGUCUAUCACACAGGAAAUCCAUUUGAGUGGUCCUGUAAUAGAGUAUAAACAGGAAACACAUAGACUAUAUCUGCUGCAAGUUCAACAACAACAACAGCAACAACAAUAUCAGCAAAAACAACAACAAUAUCAGCAACAACUUCAGCAACAGGAAUUUCAGCAACAACUACUGUAUCAGCAACAGCAACAACAAUAUCAGAGACAACAAGAACAUCAUCAACAACAGCAACAAUAUCAGCAGCAGCAACAACAACAUCAGCAUCUAGUUCAACAUGACCUACCCUCCAGACCAAGGAUUCUUAUCAAACAACCAACAGUGGACAGCUUGACUGAAGAAGGACUGACUGAAGCCAGAUCCCCAACUAACUCUGGAAACCUGUUGCCUUCCUCUCAAGUUGCUGCUCCAACUGUGAAGAGUGCACAGGAGAGAUACGGUGCACUUAUUAUUUCCAGGGACAUGGAAUCAUCAGCUUCUGGGUCCCCAACCACUGAGACCUUUGUGGUUGGUGGAGCUGUCUCUCAAGCAACUGCAGCUUCUUCUACAGCAACUGUAGGAACAGAAACCCAGAGGAAAGGCUUGUUAUCUAGAGCUGUUGUUCUAACUCCAGAUAUAUCUCCAAAUGAGACACCAGUGACAUCAUCAACCUUGAACUUAUCAGUCAAAGACUUGGUCUCCAGGUUCACUGGUGUAAGCCCUCAAACCUCAUUCACAAGUCAAGAAUCACCUGUUAUUCCUAUUGUUUCGAUCUCCACACCGACACCUGUUGCAUCUCCAUCUGCAUUUCCCACUUCAUCGCCAGCUCUGUCACCAACAGUUGAUAAAACUAUUCAGGGAUUAGUCUCCCAGUUGCCAAACCCAAUUGGUGUGAGCCCUCAGCCCACCACAACAGAAGUGACGUCAACCACGGAUCCUGCUCUUCCUUCACCUGUCCAAGUUCUACAAAGUUCAGUUGUUGAGUUAACUAAGAUAAGUUCACAUGUAUCAGUCAAAGUAACGGGAGACUUACCUUUUGAAUCUCCCAAACCUUCUAUUCAGGAACUUACUUUGACCUUACAGGACAGGUCAACACCAUUAUCUGCAAAUGUAUUGCCAACUCCAACUGAGACACCAGGUAAAACAUUUAUGUCAAUGUUAUCUGGAAUUAGCCCUCUUGCUUCUCCAAAGAUCACCACUACUACUUCUCCAAAUGUUGAGACACAUGGAAAAGGGUUUAUGUCCAUGUUGAGUGGCACCAGUCCUCUGGCAUCUCCAAGCACAACCAUGGCUGAAACUCCAACUACUGAAACUGCUGGAAAGGGUUUUUUGUCCAUGUUGAGUGUCACUAAUCCUCUCGCAUCUCCAAGCACAACAAUGGCUGAAACUCCUACUACUGAAACCGCUGGAAAAGGGUUCAUAUCCAUGUUAAGUGGCACUAGUCCUCUCGCAUCUCCAAGUUCAACCCCAGCUGGAACUCCAAUUGCUGAAACUGCUGGAAGAGGUUUCAUAUCCAUGUUGAGUGGCACUAGUCCUCUUGCAUCUCCAAGUACAACCCCAGCUGCAACUCCAACUGCUGAAACUGCUGGAAAGGGUUUUUUGUCCAUGUUGAGUGGCACUAGUCCUCUGCCAUCUCCAAGUUCAACCCCAGCUGUAACUCCAACUAAUGAAACUGCUGGAAGAGGGUUCAUUUCUAUGUUGAGUGGCACUAGCCCUCUGGCAUCUCCAAGUUCAACCCCAGCUGCAACUCCAACUACGGAAAAUGCUGGAAGAGGGUUCAUAUCCAUGUUGAGUGGCUCUAGCCCUCUGGCAUCUCCAAGUACAACCCCAGCUGCAACUCCAGCUGCUGAUACUGCUGGAAAGGGUUUUUUGUCCAUGUUGAGUGGCACUAGUCCUCUGGCAUCUCCAAGUACAACCCCAACUGCAACUCCAGCUGCUGAUACUGCUGGAAAGGGGUUUUUGUCCAUGUUGAGUGGCACUAGUCCUCUGGCAUCUCCAAGUACAACCCCAGCUGCAACUCCAACUUCUGAAACUACUGGAAGAGGGUUUAUAUCCAUGUUGAGUGGCACCAGCCCUCUGGCAUCUCCAAGUACAACCCCAACUGCAACUCCAGCUGCUGAUACUGCUGGAAAGGGUUUUUUGUCUAUGUUGAGUGGCACUAGUCCUCUGGCAACUCCAAGUACAACCCCAAAUGCAACUCCUACUAACGAAACAGCUGUAAACGGGGUUAUGACCAUGUUGUGUGGUGCUAGUCCUCUGGCAUCUCCAAGUACAACCCCAACUGCAACUCCAACUGCUGAAACUACUGGAAAGGGUUUUAUGUCCAUGUUAAGUGGCUGCAGUCCACUGGCAACUCCAAGUACAACCCCAAAUGCAACUCCUACUACUGAAACGGAUGGAAACGGGGUUAUGACCAUGUUGAGUGGCACCAGCCCAUUCGCAUCUCCAAGCACAACCCCAGCUAUAAGCCCAACCACUGAUACGCCUGGAAAAGGGCUGUUGUCAGAUGAUGCUUUUCCAGUUCCAAGUUCUCAAAUGUGCUCUGUGCAGACUCCUGAAGUAUCUCCAACAACUGAAAUGGAAUCCAAAAGCUUGACCUCAAUGCUUGUUCAGUCUGGUUCAGAUACAUUUCAAUCGCAGACAGAGGAAACAUCUGCAUCCUCUCUUACAGUUACUGCAGUCAAAGUUGUGUCAAAUGAGGAAAUUAGAACAUCUGAGUUGAUAGAUUUAGCGUUGGAUCAAGCAAAAGUAACAGUCCCUGUUGAGCAACCAUUAUCAACAUUGGAUAAAGUUGGCUCAAAUGACGGUCCAUCUGAGGAGGAAAAUACUUCUCCAGAAUAUCUGCCAAUAGGUAUUGAAUCCUUGGAGACCCUUCCAAAUGAUGGUUAUUUAUUGACUGAGCCUCCUCCUGUUCCUCGGAGAAGACUUCCCCACUUAUUUAUCUCACCUCCAAGUCCACCGAAUGAAACCACAGGAGAGCUUGAUAACCUUGAGUUAAGUGCACCGGCUAUUCAAAAACCAGAGGCCAUUGAGGACAUUGCUCCUGGGGAGUCUAUUGAGGUAGCUCAACUGGACCACCAGGAUUCUUUAUCCUGCAAAACUAGCUAUCCGUCCUGUCUACCUCUGGAAGAGAUAAAUGAAGUCUCUCGUCUAGAAAAAAAAACAUCUCUAGAGGAGCCUACAACUAUUGCAAGGCAGGAUUCUGUUGUGAGUCAGAAAGACUCUGUGCUUGAAAGAACGGAAGAAUCGGCAUCCAUUGUUGAACUUAAAGAAGAGACUGGUAUAAUUUGUGAGCAUAUGGCCUUCAAGGGAGAAAUAGCAACCCCUGAGCUGAUGCCACCUGAAGAAACAUUAUCUUCUGUGGUGGCUGAAAAUGAUGUCAGUUCAGCUGCCACUGAGCCAUGUCCUGAACCUUCUCUUGAAACAGAGAGUGUAGGUCCUAAAGAGGAAAUUGCAGUCCCAGAGGUUGCUCAGGCAGACAGCGGAGGCCCCAAAGAACAGGAAAAGGGUAUAUUCUCUAUAUUUGGUGGCCCCAGUCCACAACAGGCUGGAUCUUCGGUAUUUGGAGGCAUUCUUCCUGGCUCCUCUGGGACCAAAGAAACACCUGGAGCAGGAUUGUUUUCCAUAUUUGGUGGCCCCAGUUCUCAGCCUCCAGUUGGUCCAAGAGGCCCUGCAUCUGCACCGUCUGGAGGAAUAUUUUCUAUGUUUGGUGGCCCUGCUACUCAGACACCACCUGGUGUAAAGGGUCCCCCACCUCAAGAACAACCUAAAGGACUAUUUUCUAUGUUUGGUGGACCUGCUUCUCAGCAACCACCAGUAAGUAAAGGUCCUCCCGGUCCUGGGCCAAGAGGCACAAGUCCAAGAGGUCCCUUGGAUCCAAAAGGUCCUAUUGGUCCAAGGGGUCCUAUGGGUCCAAGAGGUCCUAUGGGUCCAAGAGGUCCUAUGGGUCCAAGAGGUCAAAGCCCACCAAGAGGUCCCCCAGGUGGGUCUUCUGUGUUUGGUGGCAUGUCCUCUAUCUUCGGUCGCCCCCCAGCCCCUGCAGCAACAUCUGGUGGAAUGUUUUCUAUGUUUGGGGGACCCAGCUCACAGACACCGUCAAGUCAGGCCCAACCAGGUGCACCCCCAGAGCCAGAAGGUGUAGGCUCUAAAGUGUCUUCCAUAUUUUCACUUGGUGGAGAAGCUGAUCAGAGCAAACCUAAGACUGGCUUUGGAAUCCUUGGCAUGUCAUUCAUGGAAGACAAAAAGCAUAAGGAAUUUAGUGUUGAAAAGGAAGACAUUGCCCCUAAGCUUCUGUCAUCCUCAGAGACAAAGAAUAUUGUGGAUGGAACUUUGUCUCUAAAGGAAGAGCUCAUUGAGGGAAAUGGUUGGGAGGAUCUUCCACCUGAGUGUACACCUGCUUUGUCAGGGGAAGGUGAACUAAAGACUGUCCUUGGUGAUACUCAUGAAAUGAGUGCUCCAUCAGUAGAUACUAAGACAGAGGAGGAGGCUCUGUUUAAAGUGGAAGAACUUCCAGAAACAGAGGAUUCUUUAGCACUAGUUGAAUCUUCUUUCACUGAACAAGAAAUAGAUAUAGCUAAGCUUUCUGAAGAUAAGAAACCUUUGGAAUCAGUUGAACUGACAUUAGAUAAUAGAGAGCAACACAUGGAAUUUCAGACAUCAUUAUCUGAAACACAAGUAGAAUCUGAGAAAACAGAAAAAUCUGAGAAGGCCUUGGAUUCUGAUAUGGGUUCAGUGGACAUGACAGUCGGAUCAGAGAAUAGUGACUUGAAAACUGACAAUACCAUUUUAGAACUGGAUAAUUCUGCUUCUGAAACAAAGAUGUCUGUGGAAACAGAGAAAAGUGAUUUGGAAAGUGAGAGUAUUACUUUAGAACCAAGGAAUUCUGAUGCUGAAACAAAAUUGUCUGUGGAGGCAGAGACAUUUACUGUUGAUACAACUAUGGGUACAGAGAAAGAUGGUCUAGCAGAGGUUGAAUCUGAAAAGGCUAUAAUAGAAUCUGAAAAGGAAACAAUUGAUGCAGAGAAAAAAACUGACGAAUCUCUCAUGUAUAUUAUAGAGGAAAAACCAUCUGAAAUUAGACAGCCUUCCAUGACAGUGAACCCUCAGGUAACAGAGCCUAGCCGUCCAAUGGGGCAGCAGAAUCCUCCUGGUCUAGGGCCACUACAACAACAGCCCAGACCAGGAAUGGCAAGGCCAUCUGGGCCAUCCAGUCAAACAAUGGCAGGCCCAAGGAUGGGAGGUCCCCGUAUGGGAGGUUCUAGAGGGCCUGGCCCGAGAAUGGGAGGACCGAGACCACCCCAGAGGGCUCCUGAGCCAUCUGGAUUUGGUGGCUUUAUGUCCAUGUUUGGUGUCCCUGUUGCCCCGAGCAAACCAGCAGGUUCAGGUGGCUUUUUCUCAUCCCCGCAGACUUCAUUCUUUGGGUCAUCGCCUGCUCCUACUCCUGCUGGUCAGCCUCAGCAGAAAAGCUCCUUCUUUGGCCUGCCGACAAACCUCCCCACUGAGUCACUUACUACUGACCUGUUUGGCAUCUUUAAUAAAGAGCCUGAGCCACCAAAGCCAACAGAGACAGUACACCAAGAACCCACAGAGCCUUCUGAAAAGGAAACUGAUUCUGAGACAGCUGUUAUAAAGGACACUUCCGAUUCUGAAAAUUCUGCUCUGUCAGGAGAGGCACAUGUGACGAUAGAAGGACCAUCAACUGAAGUGACUCAACAGACCACUGAGGAGGAGAAAGCUGCUCUUCCCGAAGAUGAAGUAUCUCACGAGGAGCCUGAUGUUGUUACAAGAGAGGCUGAUUCCUUAGGAGUAGAUAAUGCUGGCCCACAUCCAACUGCAGGGCCUAAGGACAUGUCUGAGAUCCCUAAUAGGGCUCCAUCUUCCUUUGGUUUCAUGUCUGGAGCAGCUGAUGGCGCUUCAUCUCUUGGAUCCUUCUUCUCCUCAACACUGUCCACCCCCCCUGCUACAGGCAUGACUCCUCAGCCUCCACAAGAUGGCAGCUUCCUUUCCGGUUUCAAAGGUUUCUCUGCUGGUAUAUUCCAUGAAGAGAAACCAGCUGGAAAGGAGGAACCUUUUUCGGCUGCAUCCACGUUUGGUAAGAAAUUGGGCUUCUCGUGGCAGAUUGGCUCUGAACCUCAGAAACCGGAAUCCCCUCCACCCGCUGUCACUUCUCAGCCCAGAAUUCAAGAUUCUAGACUUUCUGAUGCAGACGAUGGUUUUGGCGAACCAGAAGCAGACAAGCAAUCGCCAGACUCAGACUCAACCGAAGGUGCAGAUCCCAGUGACACGGAUGAUCCAACCGGUGCCUCUGGAGAAACAGGAAGCAUGGACAAGAGCCCGGGAAGCAAUGACACAAUGACCAUGCAGUCUGGGAUACCGUCAGAGGCAAUGCCCCCGUUAGAGUGUUCAGAUAAACCACAGUCACAUUUAAGUCCUCCUGAGGUAGGCAAGGAAACCCACUCUACAGAUACCAACGCAGCACAGCCAAUGGACUCACUCCUGAUAAAGGACCUCACUAAAAGCCCGGUGGACAGCAGUCGUUUUGGAUCAUCAGGGAACCUAAGCCAGGUUAGCUCCCAGCUCAGCUCCGAUCCAGAGACUUCUCACGGCACUGGCCCUCGCCUUCAACUUCACGGCAACCAGCCAGCCUCUUGGGAGGAAGAGGAGGAAGAGGAGAAGGGGCUUAUAGUUGCCCUGGAGACAGGGUCCAAAGACUCGAAGGAGUCCAUUAUCACACCACCCAAACCUUUGGCCAAAUCCGGGACACAGAAACAGAUCAGCAUCUCUGAACAUGGACCACCUCUCUGCUCCCCAAUCAAAGUACGCUGGCUAAAGGUCAUCAACAAAGUCAGAGUUCAGCUGCUCGAGGGGAGAGACGGAGAUGGGGACCCCAGCAAGCACCCGUGGGCCAAGUCGGGUGUUGCCACACCUUUUGGGAUCGACAGCAUGCCUGACCUUCGCAAGAAACGGCCCAUCCCCCUGGUCAGCGAACUGUCCAUGUUGCAGGCCAGGAAGUCUGGACUCUCUAUGGCAACGAAAACUUCCCUUAAGGACCAGGAGCUGAAGAACCAUGUGUACAGGAAGACCCUCCAGGCUCUGAUCUACCCCAUCUCCUGCACCACUCCCCACGCCUUCGAGGUGUGGACCGCCACCACGCCCACCUACUGCUACGAGUGCGAGGGCCUGUUGUGGGGCAUCGCCCGGCAGGGCAUGAGGUGUGCCGAGUGUGGGGUCAAGGUUCACGAAAAGUGCCAGGAGCUGCUCAACGCCGACUGUCUGCAGAGGGCAGCUGAGAAGAGUUCUAAGACAGGAUCGGAGGACCGGACACAGCACAUCAUCACCGCUAUGAAGGACCGGAUGAAGAUCAGGGAGAGGAACAAGCCAGAGAUCUUCGAGGAGAUUAGGGCUGUGUUUGGGGUUUCCAAGCUGCUCCACGCCCAGCAGAUGAAGACCGUCAAACAGAGCGUGUUGGAUGGAACCUCCAAGUGGUCCGCCAAGAUUUCCAUUACCGUUAUCAGUGCCCAGGGUCUCCAGGCCAAAGACAGGACCGGCUCCAGUGAUCCCUAUGUUACCAUCCAGGUGGGCAAGACCAAGAAGAGGACCAAGACCAUCUACGGAAACCUCAACCCUGUCUGGGAGGAGAAGUUCCACUUUGAGAGCCACAACACGUCGGACCGGAUCAAGCUGCGCGUCUGGGACGAGGACGACGACAUUAAGUCCCGGGUGAAGCAGCGUCUGAAGAGGGAGUCGGACGACUUCCUGGGUCAGAGCAUCAUCGAGGUCCGCACGCUCAGCGGAGAGAUGGACGUCUGGUACAACCUGGAGAAAAGGACAGAUAAGUCUGCCGUCUCAGGGGCCAUCAGGCUACAGAUCAGUGUGGAGAUUGAAGGGGAGGAGCGAGUAGCUCCGUACCACGCCCAGUACACCAGUCUGCAUGAGAACAUCUUCCACUACUCGACGGACGUGAUUGGUCAGGGCCUCGUCAAGGUGCCUGUUGCUUAUGGAGACGAUGCGUGGAAGGUCUACUUUGAUGAGGUUCAGCAGGACAUCGUGGACGAGUUCGCCAUGCGCUAUGGCAUCGAGUCCAUUUACCAGGCAAUGACACAUUUUGCAUGUUUGUCCUCAAAGUACAUGUUGUCCGGCAUUCCUGCGGUGAUGAGUACCCUACUGGCCAACAUCAACGCCUUCUACGCCCAUCCCACAGCCACCACCAGUGUCUCGGCCUGCGACCGCUUCAAUGCCUCCAACUUCGGGAAGGACCGUUUUGUUAAGCUCCUGGAUCAGCUGCACAACUCUCUUCGUAUUGACCUGUCCACGUACAGAAAUAACUUCCCAGCCAGCAGCAAGGCUCGUCUACAGGACCUGAAGUCCACUGUGGAUCUGCUCACCAGCAUCACCUUCUUCAGACUAAAGGUGCUGGAGCUCCAGAACCCCCCCAGGGCAGCCCAUGUGGUGAAAGAUUGCGUGAAGGCCUGUGGUAACUCCACUUACGAAUACAUCUUCAACAACUGUACCGAGCUCUAUAUGAGGCAGUUCCAACCUGCCGUGGAGCCUGAGCCUGAAGAGACCGGCCCAACUAUUCACAACCUGGACUUCUGGCCCAAACUCAUCACCCUCAUUGUGUCCAUCAUAGAAGAGGACAAGAACUCCUACACACCCAUCAUCAACCAGUUUCCCCAGGAGCUCAACGUGGGGAAGGUCAGUGCAGAGGUCAUGUGGACGCUGUUUGCUCAAGAUAUGAAGUACGCCCUGGAAGAGCAUGAGAAGCACCGUCUUUGUAAGAGUGCUGACUACAUGAAUCUACACUUCAAAGUCAAGUGGCUCUACAAUGAGUAUGUUGCCGACCUGCCGGCCUUCCAGGACACCAUACCUGAAUACUCUGCAUGGUUUUUGCAGUUUGUCCUUCAGUGGCUUGGUGAGAAUGAGGAUGUUUCCAUGGAAUUUAUGCAUGGAGCUCUAGAGAGAGACAAGAGAGAAGGGUUCCAGCAGACAUCUGAACAUGCUCUGUUCUCCAGCUCCGUUGUGGACAUCUUCACCCAGCUCAACCAGAGCUUUGAGAUUAUCAAGAAACUCGACUGCCCAGACCCCAAGGUUCAGGCUCACUAUAACAGACGCUUUGCCAAGACCAUUGGCAAGGUGUUGAUGCAGUACUGUGCGAUCCUCUCUAAGGACUUCCCCUCCUACUGUCAGAAGGAGAAGAUACCUUGCGUGUUGAUGAAUAACAUCCAGCAGAUGCGAGUCCUGUUGGAGAAGAUGUUUGAGUGUAUGGGUGCUAAACAGUUGGACUCUGAGGCAGCAGACAUCUUGAAUGAGCUGCAGCUCAAACUGGCCUCUGUCCUCGACAACCUGAGUGCCAUGUUUGCCAAGAGUUUCCAGGCCCGGUUGACUACCUGCAUGCGUCAGAUGGCUGAGAUCCUGUACCAGGUCAAAGGUCAUCCCAACCGUCAGACGGCAGAGGCCGACGCAGACAACAUGCUACGACCUUUAAUGGAGUUCCUGGAUGGAAAUCUGAGUCUGUUUGCUGACACCUGUGAGAAGACUGUUCUGAAGAGGAUACUGAAGGACCUGUGGAAGAUCGUUCUGAGCAGCUUAGAGAAGACCAUCGUCUUGCCUCCGAGCAACGAUGGCUUUGGCGCUCAGAUUCUCACGGCAGCCAAGGGGCUGUCCAACCUCAAGGGAGGAGGUGAGACCAAAAACCUGACGCCCAAACAGUGCGUCAUCAUGGACGCAGCGCUGGAAACUAUCAAGCAAUAUUUCCAUGCAGGAGGUAACGGUCUGAAGAAAGCCUAUGUCGAGAAGAGUCCUGAACUGUCGUCGCUGAAAUACGCCCUAUCCCUGUACUCUCAGAGCACUGACGCUCUGAUCAAAACCUUCGUCACCACACAGCAUGGGCAGGUUAAUAACGGAAUUGGAAUGAGGAUUACACCCAGCGAGAAGGUUCGGCCAGACAGAGGUUCUGGAGUAGAGAAGCCGAUUGGUGAGGCCAUGAUUCAGAUAGACAUGGUGCCUCUGGGAAAGGACAGGAUCUACAAGGUCAACAUCAGAGUCAUUGCAGUGAAUGAUAUGAAGUGGCAGACAUCAGGAAUGUUCCGGCCCUUCGUUGAGGUCAAUAUGAUUGGUCCAUUCCUGGCUGCCCAGAAGAGGAAGUUCACCACCAAGUCCAAGAACAACAGCUGGACAGCCAAGUACAAUGAGACCUUCCAAUUCGUUCUGAGUAAGGAAUCCCCAGACUGCUAUGAACUCCAGGUGAUCGUGAAGGACUACUGCUUUGGCCGGGCCGACCGGGUCGUGGGCGUGGCCGUGAUCCAGCUCCGCGACGUGGCGGAUCGUAAGUCGUGCGUGUGCUGGUCACCGCUGGGCGGGGCUAUCCAGAAGGACGAAACGGGCGUGACGGUGAUACGAAUCCUGUCCCAGCGGGCGGCAGACGAGGUGGCCAAGGACUUCGUCAAGCUGAAGACUGAGACACGGCCAGUGGAAGAGGGCAGAUGAUGAUCAGAACAGGAGACUCCUUCCACGGACGAGUGGGUGAAGAGCGUCUGGAUAAGAUGUCCUGCUUCCUGGUCCUCUGGGCCAAUGAAAGAUCCAGGAACAGGACAUGACUGAUCAACUGGACCAAUCAGAGACUUUCACUGUAUGCAUCAAAGUAGUGUUGUGAAAAAACGCAACAGACCUUCACUGGUGCAUACAUAUGACACACACACACACACUGAAUGAAUGUCUGCUUACUGUACCAGGGCUUCUGCUGUUUCAGAACAGUGUAGGUCUUUGCAGCGUUGUCUACUUUUAUACACUACUACUAGCUAGUACAGUGUCCACCACCCUAACCUUAACACUAACCCUAGUCUAAACCUCACCUAACCUUAAACCUAGUCUAAGCUAAACCUAACCUUUUUCCUAACUACCAUAAUCUGAACUUCACCUAACCUUACCUUAAGCCUAGAAUAACUUUAACACUAACAUAACCUGAUCUGACAUUACCUGAUCUAACCUACCAUAUCCCUGACGCCACCACAGAGCUAGCUGUCAUCCGUUACUCAGACUACCGCAGAGCGGGCCUGCAUCCCGCCUCAAACCACCACAGAGCUGACCGUCAUCCCUACCCAGACCACCAUAGAGCUAGCUGUCAUCCGUUACUCAGACUACCGCAGAGCGGGCCUGCAUCUCUCCUCAAACCACCACAGAGCUGACCGUCAUCCCUACCCAGACCACCAUAGAGCUAGCUGUCAUCUGUUACUCAGACUACCGCAGAGCGGGCCUGCAUCCCUCCUCAAACCACCACAGAGCUGACCGUCAUCCCUACCCAGACCACCAUAGAGCUAGCUGUCAUCCGUUACUCAGACUACCGCAGAGCGGGCCUGCAUCCCUCCUCAAACCACCACAGAGCUGACCGUCAUCCCUACCCAGACCACCAUAGAGCUAGCAGUCAUACCUCCCCAGACCACCAUAGAGCUAGCAGUCAUUCCUCCCCAGACCACCAUAGAGCUAGCUGUCAUACCUCCACAGACCACACAGUGGUGGGGGGUUGGGGCUAUUUGAGAUGCAUUGUUUGAACAAUUCGUUCCUGAACAUCAGGGGUUCUUCCCACCUGACCGGGGGCCGUGGCCAUGCAUUUUCUGCUCUCCAACCAAACACUUUUCUUUACAUGAUCUUUACCUCACUAACUGUUUUAUGUGUGUAUUUAUUUUUCUAUUUAUUUUUGCCAAUUUCAGUUUGUCUUCAGAACUGCCAACAGCAGGUAAUGUUUUUAUCUGCGUGUUGGAAAUUAAUGAUAUUGAACUAGCCAAACUAUAGACUUGAUGAACAAAUGUUGGGGUACGUUUUCCAGAUUGUCAGAACGUUGUUUUACCCCUUGAGAAAAUGAACACCCACACCUUCCAAAACCUAAUACUUCCAGUAUUACUACAAAAUACAAAGGUCUCAUAAUGAUGGUGUCAUACCUGGCUCCUGUCACAUGUCAAACAUCCUAUCACUGAGACCUGGCUGCUUUCUCAUGUUAGCUCCACAUUCAUCGCUUAACAAUAGUUCUCAGCCAUUGGGCAUCCUUUGAGUUGCACAGAUAUCGCCUGCCUGCCAUUGGCUGGGAUAGUAGAUGGACAGGGGAGCCAUCCAAUGAAAAUCACUGAAAUUCGGAAGGGGGUGGAUGAAGUGUGUGUGAAUAACCACGUGCCAAGAAAUUCAAGUGUUCACUUUCUUGCUCUGACUGUUGAUUUGUUCAUAAUCUGUCUGUGUUCAUUUUCUGUUUUGCAUUUUGACAAGUGAACUUGCACUCACAGUUUAAAUCUUACUGUACGUUUGUAAAGAGAAGCCUAACACCAGAGCAUGUAUUUAUUGUAUACAAUCGAGAUAAACUAGAUUGUGAGUUAUUGAUUUUUAUGUAUGUACUGUCAAAUAUGAAAAGGUCGAUAUAUGUAAAGUAUUUAUCAUGAAUAUUAUAAUGUUGCGAAUGUGUUGAAUAUACUUGUACUAAUAUUUGAAUUUUGUAUAUAAAGUCUUUAUGAAUCAUC